GGUUUCAUUCAUCUUAACGGACAGAAUAAAGCACUGAGUAAUGCUGAGGGUGUGUGUUCGCAGAAGUUUUAAGUGUGUGUGUGUGUGUUUACCUGUCUCCAGUGGGCGGGGUGACGGGGCCAUUCAGCUGCGUGGCCAUUUUCUUCUCGUCAGAGCCUCAGAAUCAGUGAUCGGACUCAAACUCACAGUCAGCUGCUGCUGAAACACUGAAAUCAUGAAAUCAUGAAAUCACGCUGAUCUAAAUCACUGCGGAUGAAAUCACUCUCAUUACAGUCAUGAAGAAAGGACCGCUCCAUUUCCUGGGUCGGAAGAAUCAAUCUCUAUACAGCACCAAUGUGGAGUUCAAGGACAUGGCUAACGUGGAGCUGGUGUUGGAGUCGGCUGUCAUCCCGGAGUCUGGAACCGCCAAAGUGCGCUCGCGUCCGACCGUCAAACACUUCACGUCAUCUGAGAGUGUGCACAGCUUUGCGGUACCAACUCCCAAGGUGCCGAUUCUUCCACCCAUCAACGAGCCCAAGAUAAAUGGUGCAGGAAGUUCCACAAACCUCCCGAAUGGAAGAAUGCUUUCCGUCCCCGAUAUAAUUGAGGGAGAAAUACUUGUACCUCCUCCACCCAGCUCCGCACCUCCACCCCCUCCGUCCUCUUCAGCCCCACCUCCUCCAUCAUUCAUCCCUCCCCCACCACAGUUCUUUGGUGAAACGGACCCUUCUGUAAACCAUGCAAGCCUGCAGCCCCCUCCAAUGGCGCCCCCAAAACCUCCAUCACUUACCGGGUCUGAGUACAGUUCAGAUUUGGACCUUGCCUCCCUCAAACCUCCUCCAAUGGCUCCUCCAAAACCUCCAUCUGAAACAUCCAGCUUCAAAGGUUCCCUCUACAGCCUGGAGGUCCAAGAAAUCCCAGAAUGCCCUAAAUUCACCCCACCGCCACCCCCUGGGGUGAAAGCGUCACCUGUUCUUGCUAAAUCUUCGAAAGCGGCGCCUCCAAAACCCGUCCGCUUGUCCUCCAUGUCAAACCUGGAGAUCCAGUCCCAAAUGCCAGUGCCACCUGUUGCUUCUAACCCAACACCAUCUAGCUUCAAUCCCCAGAACACAGCCAAACUCUACAGCAUACAGAAGAGCACAUUACUUGGUGGACAGAUGGACAAGGAAAAGGGAGGUCAGUCCAUUCUACUGCUGGAAGAUUCUGCUGGAAACACGGUUGGUGUUGUCAAUGGGACUAGUGGGAAAAAUGGUGGAUCUCUCCAACCAGCCCAAUCAGGGGUGCCUCCAACCAAACCAGCCCGUCGGAACAGCUCCGCCACUCAGCUAAAGGAUGACCAGCCAGACAUGGCACAAGUGCCUAGUGAACCAGCCAAGGUCGAGGCCAAAAUCCAUCCUGAGCCUGUCAUGGUACAAAACAUCCCUACUGAGAUUCCAACUCCCAACAGAUUCUCACCCAAAAUAGAGAAGAAAAUACCUGAUGUUAGGCAGGUGAUGCAGGAGUCCCCUGGCAGGUCUCGCAGGUACAGCCCGGUCAUGAACCACCGACAGCUCAACACACGGGUAGCAGAUGGCGCAGUGAAGAAAGAUACAUCACCAUUCGCCCUGUUGAUGGCUGCAAAGGAAAGAGAAAAGCAGAGAACUGCUCUAUCCCAACAGAACAGCAACUCCACAGAGCCAGUCAAUUCUGUGAUCCAACCUAGUGUAGAAAAACCAAACUCCUUUACUGUCACUCCUCGAGAGCAAACACCAGACAGUCCCAAUGCACAACUAAAGUCAACCACAAACAUUCAACCACUCACCAAAGCAGAAGUGUCCUACUCAAAGCAAGAGCUAAGCUCAACUCCUCAACAAAGCAGACCAAUGAACAGCUCCAUUGGCGGUCUGAGUGUCCCUGUUAGAGAUGUGGAAAGCGGAGAAGACUUGACCUUCAUUCCACCACCUCCUGAAUUUGCCAACUCUGACUCUGAGGAUGAACCUCCCAUUCCCCCACCAAGUCACCCCGCUCCUGCUCCCCCUGUGAAAACUGCCUCUCAACCUUCUAAAACCUUACCUGCAACACCUGCUCCAAUCAUUAAGUGCUCCCCGCCAAGCCACCCUGCUCCUGCCCCUCCACCUGCCAAACCCUUCGUACCUGCUCCAAUAUCUAACUGCCCCCCGCCAAGUCACCCCGCUCCUGCUGCCCCAGUAAAAACUGCUUCUCCUCCUAGUAAACCCUUCUUAUCUACUCAGAUAACCAACUGCCCCCCGCCAAGUCACCCCGCUCCUGCUACCCCUGUGAAAACUGCUCCUCCACCUGUUAAACACUUCGUACCUGCUCCGAUAUUAAACAGCGCCCCACCAAGUCACUCUGCACCUGCCAAACCCUCCCCACCUGCUACACCUCCUCCUGUAACCAACGGCCCCCUUGUUUCUCCCAAACCUAAACCACCCACCUGUCCUCCUAAGGCCCCAGGCCCGCCACCAAACCUCCAGCAACAAUCCAAACCAGUUCAAACAAAACCCACCCAACCCCCAGCACAGGCACCUCCAUCCGUCUCUGCUAGCCAGGCAACGCUUCUCAGUAUCUUGCAGAAGAAGAUGCUGGAGAUGGACCCCAAGUUCUCAGCUGUCAAGGAGGUGGAGUCCAACGGAGAUGACUGGAACUCUCCACUGUCUGAUGACGAGGCCACGUCGCCACCUGCCGCACCCAAUAUGAAAACCCGAAGUGCAACCCUGCCAGCACAAUCACAUGGUCUGGACAUGAAGGAGCUGGAAAGCAAAGCAGCCAAAAAAGCUCAAGAUUUAGCCACUUCAGCUAAAGCCAAGAACAGUAACGGAGCAGCAGCUAAGCAGCAGUUUGGAAUGACGUUCACCGUGAGACCAGGAACCAAACAGCCAAUCACACCCGUGAUCAAAGAUGGUUCGCCCUGAUCCGGAGAACAUCAUCACUAGAGUUCCUCCAGAGCCGUGCCUCACCUGUACUCUCCCCGUCUGAAGCUUUAUUUCCGCUGCUGCCGAAGUAUUACUGUAACUUUCUACAGUGUUUCGACCGCAGCUCCAUCACGGACUUCCUAGAGCUGCUGAGAUCCCUCACACGAGCACCUGUGCCUGUGUACGCGACGUGAACACAGACUCACCAUUUUAAUGACAAUUUUUAAUUGAAUCCAUUCAAAUCAUUUGCUUUCCUAAUCGUUGUUUUUAUCACUGGACAUUUCUUCUCAUGCUAAGAUGAAGAACACCAGCUCUUAAUUGUGUCUUUAAUAAUCAUUAAUGUACAAAAUCUCUCUCUAGUUCUCGACUCGAGAGCUUCCUCCAGUGGUGCUGGAUCAUUUUCCAGGUCAAAACAUGAUGUAUUUUGUAAACUAUUUUCUGAAGGUAUAAACUAAGCCUUAAAUGUAAAUGCUAUAGAUAAUGCCUUGAACUCAUUACCGAUGCCUUUCUCAGCGGAGAUUCUCUGAAUCUGACGCAAGAAUCAAAGGAAAAAUGAAGCACUUCGUUUUUGUAUGAAGAUACUGGACGAAAAUAAGCUUGUGUAAAUAAGACAUUUUUUGGGAAAUCUCACACAUGUUUCAAAGGUCAAUAAUUGUGCUUUAUUAAUUAUGGACAUUUAACAAUUUGUUACGCCUGAAGGGAAAAAUAUAACCGCAAUAUGCUUUAAUAAAAACAUGCGAGAGCAAAAACAGAUGACAGAAA